AUGACAGAACACGAAACAUAUCCAGUACCAACGACCAGUUCCAACCUCAAACCGGAUGGCCCAGGUCUUCAAGGCAUGGAUGCGUAUACCAAGCUGUACAAGGAAUCCCUAGACGACCCAGACACCUUUUGGGCCAAACAUUGUCGAGAGCUCUUAACACUCGAUCAAGACUUCACUACUGUUCGUGAAGGAAGUCCACUAGAAGGAGGGAUAUCUUGGUUCUUGGGUGGGCGUCUGAAUGCAACCUACAAUUGUGUCGAUCGGCAUGCAAAGUCGAAUCCCGAUCGCAAUGCCAUUAUCUACGAGGCCGAUGAGCCAGACCAAGGCCGAACUGUGACAUACGGUGAACUGUUAGCCCAGGUUUCUAGCACCGCGUCUGCUCUCAGGGCUCACGGUGUCAAAAAAGGCGAUCGUGUCGUGGUUUAUAUGCCAAUGAUUCCAGAGGCUUUCAUUGCUGUGCUCGCGAUUUCCAGACUGGGAGCAAUCCAUACUCUCAUUUUUGAUGGCUUUUCUCCAAGCUCGAUUGCCGACCGGAUCCUCAAUGCGGACGCGGAGAUUGUCAUUACGGUCGACCAGGCAAAACGCAAUGGACGGGAAAUCGCCAUGAAGAAAGGGGUUGAUGAGGCCUUAGUCAGGUGUCCUAAUGUCCGUACAGUUCUUGUGUACCAGCAUUGCAAAUCCCCGGUGCCUUGGACUGAGGGCCGAGAUGUGUGGUGGCACAAUGUCGUCGACCUAAAUGCCGAGUUUGUCGAGCCGGAGAUCAUGGAUUCGGAAGAUCCUCUCUUCAUUCUCUACACUUCCGGCUCAACAGGAAAGCCCAAGGGGUUGGUGCAUUCAACGGCCGGUUUUCUGACCGGUGCAGCGGCGACCGGUAAAUAUGUAUUUGAUAUCCAACCUUCUGAUACGUUCUUCUGCGCAGGUGACAUUGGCUGGAUCACGGGGCUGGUAUAUGGAUUCUACGCACCACUCCUCCUGGGUUGCACGACUGUAAUCUUUGAGGGGAGCCCGCUCUUUCCAACCCCAUCAAGGUACUGGGAAAUCUGCGAGAAGCAUGACGUGUCCCAAUUCUAUGUUGCCCCAACCGCUCUGCGUCUUCUAAAAAGAUUCAGCAGCUCUGAGAUCUCGCAGUCAUUGUCUUCUCUGCGUGUUCUUGGCUCCAUCGGUGAGCCCAUUGCACCCGAGGUCUGGAAAUGGUAUCACCAGGCUGUAGGCAAGGGGAAGGCCCAUGUCCUCGAUACCUACUUCCAAACCGAAACAGGCUCACUUGUCCUUACGCCGCUGGCUGGCAUCACCCCUACCAAACCGGGAAGCUGCACCCUUCCAUUCUUUGGCGCCAAUCCAGUUAUAUUAGACUCUCUCACGGGAGAAGAGAUCCAAUCGCCGUGUCCUGAGGGGAUUUUGGCGUUCAAGGACCCAUGGCCAAGUAUGGCGAGAUCGGCUUGGGGUGACCAUGAGAGAUUUCUGGACACAUAUUUCCGGCCUUACCCCGGUUACUACUUCACUGGUGAUGGGGCUCGAAAGGACUCGGAUGGUUACUACUGGAUCAAGGGCCGAAUUGACGACGUGGUGAAUGUUUCUGGCCACCGCCUUUCUACCGCAGAGAUCGAAGCCGCUCUUCUGGAGAACAAUUUUGUAGCAGAAGUGGCGGUUGUCGGCGUGGAUGACGAAAUCACCGGACAAUCCCUGGUUGCCUUUGUGACCCUUAAAGAGCAACCCGAGGGUAGAGACAUCCGCAAGGAUUUGAAAAAGCAGAUUACUCGAAGUAUAGGGUCUUUAGCACUUCCGAAAACCAUUCAUUUGGUCAGUGAUAUUCCGAAAACCCGCUCGGGAAAGAUAACUCGGCGGAUUUUGAGAAAGAUUCUCAGUGAUGACUUGGAAAAUAUUGGAGACACGUCAACUGUGGUGAACCCUGCAGCUAUCGGAAUAGUCUCUGAUGUUGUUCUUGGGUCAACGAAGUGA